UCCCAGUACAGUAGAUUCCAAGAUGGCUGCAAGCAAUUAUUAUGGAUUCACGCAUGGUGCCGGUCCUCAGUACAGCGUUCAGCCUCCACCAGCCUAUGCCCAUCCCACCACAGCCAGCUACAAUGUCCAGCCGGCCCCUGCCGUGGCCCAUGCAGUGACUGCCUCCUAUGCCCCUGCCCCUGCACAACCAGCCAGGCCCGUUGCCUCUGCCUACCCGGUGGCCUACCAGACCCACGCUACCCCCCCAGACUAUGGCUACCGGCAGCCGGACCCCACGCCCCAACCCACCACCACCCCACAGACAUACCAGCUACCAAUAUACACUGAAACAGAUAACUACAGUUACGGACGCCUGCCUGCAGCCACUAGUUAUGAGACUAAGCAAUACUACCAGACUAGUAUAGCUCCAGCCCAUCGGACACCAACAGAAGCUUACUACCAGACAGGCGUGAAGAGUGGCUACAGUCCAGUCAGCACAGUAUACAGCCAGCCGCCACCACCACAGAGGCAUGUCACAACUUUAAAGCCUCUGGCCCCUGCCAGCUCAACGUCCACCAGCUACAACAUCUACCCAGUGUCCACCAGUGUACAGCAGCCCCCCAUCUCGUCUUACACCCCCUGCUCGUCCUUCAGCUCCACAGCUGGCACCUACUCUGGUGUCAGCUACUCUACUUAUGAUUCAAGUGGCUACACUUCCACCCCCUCAUACUACCAGCCUGCCCAGCUACCUCCUCCUCAGCCCCAGCCGCCCCCCAGCAGUCCCCCGCCUCCCAAGCAGCUCACCAGCUCCUCAUGGAGCAAUGCAGGCAGCAACAUGGUGGCUGCUCCCACGGUCAACGCCUACAAGAAGCCCAUGUUCCACCAGAACAAGAUUCAGAAGCCGAAAGCACCGCCCAAGCAACCCCAGCUGCACUACUGCGAUAUCUGCAAGAUCAGCUGUGCUGGACCGCAGACGUACCGAGAGCACCUUGAGGGCCAGAAGCACAAAAAGAAGGAUGCAGCUCUGAAGUCUGGCAGCGCGGGGGGGAGCAACGGGCCCCGGGGGAUUCAGACCCAGCUACGCUGUGAACUAUGUGACAUUGCCUGCACUGGCGUAGAUGCGUACGCUGCCCAUAUCCGAGGGGCCAAGCACCAGAAGGUGGUGAAGCUCCACACCAAACUAGGCAAACCUAUACCUUCAACUGAGCCUGUUUUAGUGAACAAUGCUCCAAUUAUCUCAACGUCGACAGCUGGGAAGACAACCCCUAUCAUUGUUACAGCAACUGCUCCGGUAGCGCCACCAAAACUGGUGGUCAUAAACGCCACCAAAGCCCCAGCACCUGUGAAGAAGCCAGUCGCAUCCAAAAUAACCCUUCUUGCCAACAAGCCGGCCACCCCUGCAGUAGCCAAGGAGAAUGAAGCCAAGCAGUCAGCAAAAGCGUCAAAGAGUGAGACCACGAGUGACGAUGAGGACGGGGAUGGAGUGGGGAGGCAGGGCGACGUCCAGCCUGUAGGACAUGACUAUGUGGAGGAGGUGCGUAAUGAUGAUGGGAAGGUAAUUCGCUUCCACUGUAAACUCUGUGAAUGUAGUUUCAAUGACCCCAAUGCUAAAGACAUGCACCUGAAGGGACGCAGGCACCGGCUGCAGUACAAGAAGAAGGUGAACCCAGAGCUGCCGGUGGAGAUCAAGCCCAGUAAUCGGGCCAGGAAGCUGCAAGAGGGCAAACUGAGGAAGCAGAAGGCUGUGCUGAAGAGACAGCGGGAUGACGAGCAGCGCUGGCACUUGGAGAUGAGGUCAGAGCCAGACGGCAGCUGGCACACAGAGAUGAGCCGCUAUGAGGAGGACAUGUACUGGAGGAGGAGGGAGGAGGAGCAGUUGUACUGGGGGGAGCAGAGGCACAUGAUGGCCCCCCCUCCACUCAUGAGCCGGCCCGGCAUGCCAGUUCCCCCACUACUGCAGCCUGUGCGUCGGCCGGACUCCCCAGACGAUCGUCACAUCAUGGCCAAACACUCCACCAUCUACCCUGUGGAGGAGGAGCUGCAGGCGGUGCAGAGGAUCGUCUCCCACACUGAGAGAGCCCUCAAACUGGUGUCUGUCUCCCUGCUGGAGAAAGAGCCUCCGUCGGCUGCUCCGUCGGCUGCUCCGUCGGCUGCUCCGUCGGCUGCUCCGUCGGCUGCUCCGUCGGCUGCUCCGUCGGCUGCUCCGUCGGCUGCUCCGUCGGCUGCUCCGUCGGCUGCUCCGUCGGCUGCUCCGUCGGCUGCUCCGUCGGCUGAUGCUGGAGAGAAAGGACCGGACAACCAGGCGGCCCGUAUGCUGAAGGGGGUGAUGAGGGUGGGCAUCCUGGCCAAGGGCCUGCUGCUCCAUGGGGAUAGGAACGUGGAGCUCAUUCUGCUGGCUGCCAAGAAGCCCACCCUCUCUCUGCUGAAGGACAUUGCUGAGCAGCUUCCCAAAGAAAUGGCGCCAUUUUCUGAAGAUCAGUAUGAGGUGAAGGCUCACCCUGAGGAAGCCAACAUCGUGAUUUUUUCGAGCAAGGAGCCAAAAAUGCAGGUCACCAUCUCUCUAACCUCGCCACUGAUGAGGGAGGACCCUGCCCCUGACAAGGAGGAAAAGGCAAGAGACAAAGCGGCUGAGAAAGAUAUGCCCCAUGAAACCAUGACAACAAUGGAAGUACUGAGCUAUGUGAAGAUGAUGCCCAGGAUUAAGGGGGUGCCUGAGAAAGACCCUGCUGAUGUUCUGAACCAGAACAAGUGCCUGGAAUACCUAGCUGCUCUGAGACACGCCAAGUGGUUCCAGGCUCGUGCCAAUGGUCUUCAGUCCUGUGUGAUCAUCAUUAGAGUGUUACGGGAUCUUUGCCAGCGAGUGCCAACCUGGGGCAAGAUGCCAUCCUGGGCUAUGGAGCUGCUGGUAGAGAAGGCCAUCAGCAGUGCCACAGGGCCCCUCAGCCCAGGGGAAGCCAUGCGUAGGGUCCUGGAAUGUAUCGCUACUGGCAUCCUACUGCCAGACGGUCCUGGGCUGCUGGACCCCUGUGAGAAACACCAAACCGAUGCUCUAUGGAGCAUGACCAAACAAGCCAGGGAAGACAUUACUGCCAGUGCACAGCAUGCUCUGCGACUGCUGGCGUUCCGUCAGAUCCACAAGGUUCUGGGGAUGGACUCCCUGCCGGCGUCCAAGGCCAGCGCUCGGAACCGCAAGCGCAGAAGGGACGGGAGCGAGACUGGAGAGGGGGAGGUCAAGAAAGACAAGAAGGAGGAUACAGAAGAGGUGGAUGCUUGAUCCCUGACGGAGCAGUGUUAGCUUGGAUGGCCGUCUGGUUUUGCUUCUAAUGUUGGCAUGAUAGAGUAAAACAAACAUAUCAGCACCCAGGCUAUAGCAGGUUAGUCGUCUAUACUGGCAGAAUGUCACAUCCUUUACAUGUGUUUUUAAUUUUCAGAGUCUAUAUGAAUAUAACUGACUUAGUUGUAACAUUUAUGUCUCCACUAGAGGGAAUGGGAUAGGAAAGGUAAAGAUGAUUUACUCUUAAAAUUGUGCUGAAAAUUGGCUUUAACGUCAGACUGACUUACUGAGGUUUCUAGGAGCUAAUGACUGAUAGUCUGGUCCCAGAUCUGUAUGUGCUUCAUGACAACAAUCAUCAGAGGAGUUUGCUAAAGCACAUGCUGAGCUGGAACCAGACUAAAUGAUUGCAUCAUUCCAUUUCCAGAAUAUUUGCCCACUCAACUUCUGAAGCCCUCCCAUUUACAGUACUUGUACCAACCACUGUUCCUUACAUUGUUUUGUAUGUACUGUAAGGACUUUUCCCCCCUGCUUUUCUUAUUGAAGAGAAGAUGUAAUCAUUUACUGUACAGGCCAGUUAUAUACUGAAGACUGCAGGAGUUACUAAUUUAGGUACAUAUAUUGGGUUUAUUUUCAUCCUGCCCACAGCUGGCAGCACCCAAAUAAUCAUCACUUCAGAGCGCAGCUGCACAGGACCAGAUCGUAAUGCCCAUGGUCAAUUUGGUUUGACAUUCGAUAUCGCUAUGGGUUAGUUGGGGACCAUCAGUGAAUUACACAAUGUACAUGGGACAACAUUUAAAAAUAUCAAUAGCUCCAAAUUUCAAUGACUUGACAUCAAACCAACUAUACAUUUUAGAAAUGAAUAUACAAAUAUUGAAAUCAUUUAAAGAGAACAGGUGUGGAACAUGAAGUUAUUGUCUCAUUUACAUUGUGUAAUUUAUUGACAGUCCCGAACUAGCUCCACAGACAGGCAAUCCAAAGUCAACCCAAUUUUGCCACAGUUGCACACCAGGUGGCUGAAGCGACUUGGUGAAAGAAGUUGGCUAACUUACUAGCAAGACUACUUUGAGACAUGGUUAGACUGUUUCAAGUUCUCUAGAAGGGUGAGUGAAUGUAACUGUACUGUUUUGGCAUAGUGAAAGUACAAAUACUUCCCAUGUUCAAACACAGACGAGUAACCCACAUCAAAGCACGCCUCCGAAACCGUUCUGUCGCAUUUCCUAAUGAGACUUGAAACCAAGUUCAGCCCCCCUUUAAAGACUGAUGUUAGUACAUUAAAGUAAGUUUUAAAAAUGUACAGUUCAUUGUGCCAAAAUUGCAGGCAAUGACAAAUAAAAUGCUAAAGCUGUAAAGAAACACUCUGAAGACAGUGCUUUGAAAAGCACUCUCUCUGUGUAGUCUAAAGAUGUCUAUAAAUUUGUCAGACACCUGGAAAAAAAUAUCUGCAUUUUUGAAGAUGAUUGAUUGCACCACAAAACGCUUUUAAAGAAAUCACAGGGUUAUAGAAUAUGUUUUGUUUAAGAGGAGUUGACAGAUAGCUCCUAUGUUGCACAGUCUGUCUAGCAUGCUAUGAGAAUAAAGCUCUUAAGAAAUUAGUUAUUAUAUGCAGCCAUAUUCUUUGCAUUUAAAAAUCUGUCUUUUGUGGAGUGUGUUUGGAGAUUUCAUAUUAAUUGAUUGGAUUUACAUAGCGCUUUACAUAUAGCUGUAGUUUGAAGUUUACAUACACCUUAGCAAAAAUUCAUUUAAACUCAGUUUUUCACAAUUCCUGACAUUUAAUCCUAGUAAUAAUUCCCUGUUAGGAUCACCACCUUAUUUUAAGAAUAUGAAAUGUCAGAAUAAUAGUAGAGAAAUUGAUUUAUUUCAGCUUUUAUUUCUUUCGUCACAUUCCCAGUGGGUCAGAAGUUUACAUACACUCAAUUAGUAUUUGGUAGCAUUGCCUUUAAAUUGUUUUUAACUUUGGUCAUAUGUUUCGGGUAGCCUUCCACAAAAUUCCCACAAUAAGUUGGGUGAAUUUUGGCCCAUUCCUCCUUACAGAACUGGUGUAACUGAGUCAGGUUUGUUAGGCCUCCUUGCUCGCACACGUUUUUUCAGUUCUGCCCACACAUUUUCUAUGGGAUUGAGGUCAGGCCUUCGUGAUGGCCACUCCAAUACCUUGACUUUGUUGUCCUUAAGCCAUUUUGCCAAAACUUUGGAAGUAUGCUUGGGGUCAUUGUCCAUUUGGAAGACCCAUUUGCGACCAAGUUAUAACUUCCUGACUGAUGUUGCUUCGAUAUAUUCACAUAAUUGUCCUGCCUCAUGAUGCCAUCUAUUUUGUGAAGUGCACCAAUCCCUCUCAAUCCCACCAAUCCCUCUUGUAGCAAAGCACCCUCACAACGUGAUGCUGCCACCCCCGUGCUUCACGGUUGGAAUGGUGUUCUUCGGCUUGCAAGCGUACCCUUUUUCCUCCAAACAUAACGAUCAUUAUGGCCAAACAAUUCUAUUUUUGUUUCAUCAGACCAGAGGGCAUUUCUCCAAAAAGUACGAUCUUAGUCCCUAUGUGCUGUUGCAAACCGUAGUCUGGCUUUUUUUUUAUUGCGGUUUUGGAGCAGUGGCUUCUUCCUUGCUGAGUGUCCUUUCAGGUUAUGUCGAUAUAGGACUUGUUUAACUGUGGAUAUAGAUAAUUUUGUACCUGUUUCCUCCAGCAUCUUCACAAGGUCCUUUGCUGCUGUUCUCGGAUUGAUUUGAACUUUUCGCACCAAAGUACGUUCAUCUCUAGGAGACCGAAUGCGUCUCCUUCCUGAGUCGUGUGACGGCUGCGUGGUCCCAUGGUAUUUAUACUUGGGUACUAUUGUUUGUACAGAUGAACGUGGUACAGGCCUUUUGGAAAUUGUUCCCAAGGAUGAACCAGACUUGUGGAGUUCUACAAUUUUUUUAUCUGAGGUCUUGGCUGAUUUUGUUUUGAUUUUCCCAUGUCGUCAAGCAAAGAGGCACUGCGUUUGAAGGUAGGCCUUGAAAUACAUCCACAGGUACACCUCCAAUUGACUCAAAUUAUGUAAAUUAGCCAAUCAGAAGCUUCUAAAGCCAUGCCAUAAUUUUAUGGAAUUUUCCAAGCUGUUUUAAAGGCACAGUCAAUUUAGUGUAUGUACACUUCUGACCCACUGGAAUACUGAUACAGUGAAUUAUAAGUGAAAUAAUAUGUCUGUAAACAAUUGUAAAAAUUACUUGUCAUGCACAAAGUAGAUGUCCUAACUGACUUGCUAAAACUAUAGUUUGGUCACAUGAAAUUUGUGGAGUGAUUGAAAAACGAGUUUUAAUGACUCCAACCUAAGUGUAUGUUAACUUCUGACUUCAACUGUAGUUAGGGGGAAGCUCACCUUAUCCACAACCAAUGUGUGACACCCACUUGGGUGAUGCACAGUAACCGAUUUGGGCCAGAAUGCUCACCACACAUCAGGUGGAGAGGCGAGGAGGAGUGAUAUGGACUGACAGUUCUAAAAGGGGAACAUUGUAAUAAAUCAAUACUGUAUCAUGCAAUAUUUUGAACAUCUUAUCAUUGUGAUGAAAAAUGCAGAUAUAUUUGAAUUAAGGUUUUUGUAAAAAAAACAACGCUUUUGAUGUUUUUAUUUUCAAAGAGCAUCUUCACUAGCCAUUUUAAUUAAUUUUUUUGGCUUUGGAUCAUGUUGCAAUCAACUUUGUUUUGUUAAAAGGUGAGUUAACGUUGCUGUAAUAUUAUUUGAACGUCUUUGUAGUGCUGCCUAAAACCAAUGAUGAAUAUUAAAGACAACUCAUGUAUACUU